AUGACUGUCCUUGAUGACUUUGGAGGAAAAGAUUUCACACGAGGAUUGGAGUUGACUGCUGGUAUAAUAGGGAUAUUUGGUAGGCGAGAUCUAGGACCAGUUCCUGGCCCUCCGGAACCACCUCCUGUUGCUCCUCCUCCUGCUCCACCUGUGCCUCCUACAUCCGAUCCACCUCCACCAGCCCCACCACCUGCAGCACCUCCUCCUUCACCCGCUCCUUCCGUUCCUCCCCCAGCUCCACCAGUUCCGGUACCACCUGAUUCUCCUGCACCACCCUCACCCGCUUCUCCGGCAUCUAUACCACCACCAACUCCAACACCGCUGCCUCCACCACCACCGGCAGCUGCAUUCCCUCCACCUGAACCUCCAACACCACCACCGCCACCUCCUCCCCCACCAGGUACUACCGGGCCUUGUGGGACCCCCUCAAAGUUUGAACUUGGAUCAUAUUGAUCAUAAUCUGCCAUAGUUGGAACCCUCUCUUCGCUUGAGUCACUACUACUGUACUGCCGUCUCAUGAAACCCAAAGGACUUUUCAGCUCCCCUGGGUACAUCGGUCUUUCUCUGAGUGCAGCAAUAUUGUCUCCUAUUACUUCGACCGGACGAGCUCCUUUCAAAUUAAUUGUCGUUUUGUUCAUGUCUCGUGUACAGUUUCCUUUGAUUGUCAGGUAACAGGGAAUGCUUCCUUCCACUUCGACAUGUGUCUGGAUAUGUGUUCUGACUCUCUCUCGAUUUGUGGCGCCGUUGUGUAAUGGACCUGCCAGAACCGAUA